AUGUCCGAAUCCCCAUCCGAAGAUGACCGCUCCGUCGAGUUGUCCUCCAUCGCCGCCAUCUUCCCAGAAAUCAAGAUCGACCCCGACCAUUGGUUCAAUGCUACGCUAGAUCUCCCCGUAAACCUUCCAUCGCCGACUCAAGUCUGUUUCCAGCAGCCGCUCGAUGUGGGAACAUCCGCGGUGCUCACCCCUCCAACUUCCAUUGAUGGCUCCAAGGCUGAUCUGGACCUGCCGCCCGUUCGCGAUAUUCAUGUACUAUCACACUUACCUCCAUUGAACCUGAAGAUCCAGUUACCCGAUGGAUACCCCUCCGAGAAACCUCCAAUUGUCCAGCUCACCACCCAUCCGUUAUGGUUGCCACCCUCAGUCCUGACAAAGCUGACCCAGGACUGCAAUCGCUUGUGGGAGGAGUGUGGACAUGACAUGGUCGUUUUUACUUAUAUCGAUCACCUUCAACAACUCGCUGAGUCGGCAUUCGGAAUCCAAGACGGUUCUGGCGCAGAGUUAUGUCUAUCUCGAGACCUGAAAAUUGCUCUACUUGAUUUCAACAGCAAAGCUGAACGCGAGAAGUUCGAGCAAGAAACUUUCGAGUGCGGCGUCUGUUUAGAACCAAAGAAAGGCUCUAUAUGCCAUCGCUUGUUGCGGUGCUCCCAUGUUUUCUGUAUUCCCUGUCUUCAAGACUUCUAUAACACCUGCAUAUCCGAAGGCGAUGUGGACAGUGUGAAAUGUCUAUCUCCAGACUGUGGACGAAGCCAAAGCCCAGUACUGCCGCCCAACGAUGAGGCUCAGACUCCUCGUCACAAAAAACGAGACCGAACUCUCGGACCCAGCGAGCUUCUCCAGAUUCCACUGGCCACGGAAACUGUGCAGCGAUACGUGCUCCUCAAACGCAAGAAGAAAAUUGAAUCCGAUAAAACUACUGUUUAUUGCCCCCGACAGUGGUGUCAAGGAGCUGCUCGAUCAAAACGACACCCCAAGCCUACUGAUCCAAUGGCAGAUGAUGCCGAUUCUGACGACGGUGAAGAAACCUCCCUUGCCCCUACUAGGGUAAAUGAGGAACUUCCCCCAGUCGCAGAAAGAGUGGCCAUUUGCGAAGAGUGCAAUUAUGCAUUUUGCAGUGUCUGUCGGAAGGGCUGGCACGGAGAACUAAUUCGCUGCCUCCCGCAACGCAAGGUCGACGAGCUGACGGCUGAAGAGAAAGCAACCGAAGAAUAUCUUCGACUAUACACUUCCCAGUGUCCUACAUGCAGUGUACCCUGUCAGAAGCGCAUGGGUUGUAACCAUAUGCGUUGCUUCCAAUGUGACACCCAUUUUUGUUACCUCUGCUCUGCCUGGCUGUCACCACAGAACCCCUACAGCCAUUUCAAUGAAGGAUCUAGCACAUGUUUCAACAAGCUAUGGGAUCUUGAAGGGGGCGAUGGACUCAACCCUGAGGGUGCCGAGGCCCUUCAUCAAAUCCCCGACGCCCUCUUGAUCUUCGAUGACGAUGACAACGCCCGCCCCCAUGAUGCAGGUAGCGACAAUGAAAGCACAGACUGGAGCGAAGAUGACGAAGAUGAGGACCGUCCAGUGUGGGAUUUCGACUUCAGUGAUGAUGAACAUGAACGCCAUCACCGUCCGCCGCCGCCAGCUCCUUUCCCGCCUCAUGUCCACCGGGCAGGUCGCGGACUCGGGGCAAACAACCCGGCCAUCGACGCCGCUGUUCGUGCAGCAAUGGAGCGCGAAGUGCAGGCUCGUGCUAUGAUAGAGAUACGUAACCGGAACCGCCCGGCGCCCCAUGUUGGUCAGGAUCAGGUCCGCAAUGCUGCAGCGCAAGAUCCCCCGCGGGGAAUGAUCGGGCUACAACGCUUCCUGGAACUCGUUCGGAACGACCGUGAAGAUGAAUGGGACAGUGACGAAUUGGAGGAUUUCUAG